AUGGAACCCAUUCCAGAGGAAGAUCACGAGCACACCUCGUUUUCGCCCUUACAUACUGUUAAACAUGAAAAGAAGUCUCGGUUAACAGAGGUGUAUACAUCAGAACAAGUAGACACUCUUGUAAGCACAGUACCUCAAUCAGCAUUACCAAAUACGUGGAAGCUAAGGAAGAAGGACGAACCAACACAUUCAAUAAUCCCUCCAACACAUUUAUCCGAAGUAUUAGCUGGGUUAACCAGUGCACGUGGUUCAACUUAUUCCUGCACUUACGAGUCACAUUAUGAUGAACCUCCUGACGAAACAUCACCCGAUGUUCGUUUCCCAAAUAAAGAACAUAAUGGUGAUAUUGAGCGACAUUCAUCUCAAACAAAAAAAAUAACUCGCGUCACCAAAGUAACAACAACCAGAUCGGUUCGCCAUUUACCUGUUACUAAUCAAGAAGCUGAAUAUUUUUUUGAUGCCGAUGGAAGUCCGUUGCCAGUUACACGUACUUCUCUGCCAUAUGAACAUGAUGAAGAUACUUCCUGUCGACUCGACGUUGCUUAUGAUGCACCACCACCUGCGCCAAGUUCUUUCCAUGAAGCUGAACGAUAUGCCUCAAGAGACGUUCCAAGUGCUCCCGGUGUUCCAGAGAUUACUGAUGUGACUAGUUACGAUGUUGGCUUGACAUGGCAGUGUCCAGAUAUGCAAGGAAGCGCUGGCUCUGUUAUUGGUUAUCAAAUUGAAGUACGUGAAAUUGGGACUUCUGAAUGGUAUCUUGCUCAUGCAGAUCUAGUCAAGGAAAACAGGUUUAGAAUAAAAGAUCUCAAUCCUCACAUUAAGUACGAAAUAAGAGUUGUUGCUGUUAAUUCGGCAGGUCGUGGUGUACCUUCAGCUACUUCGGCAAGUGUGCAACUGCGACUGGAUUAUGAUUUCCAUUCUGAUUUCAACGGCUGGAGGGGGGCAGCUCCUGGUCGACCUUACGUGUUACUGCUUGAUUCUGAUCGCAUUGUAUUAGAAUGGGCGCCAGCAAUCGCGAAUCCUGGCUCUGCGCCCGUGGCGGGCUACGAGGUUAGUUACCGUGCAGAUGGCAGUGGUUGGAUACAAUCAAAUGAUCAUUUAAUAACAACAUGCAGAACUGAAGUACUGAACUUGAAGCCGAAUGGGGAAUACGAAUUCCGAGUGGUAGCGAAAACUGCCGAUGGCCCAUCUGAACCAAGUCUGUCGUCCGGUUUUAUCCAAUUGAAACCACCUGUUCCGUCUCGUGUUCCACCUAGGACGAAGGCAGAAAGUAGCUUUUCUCCUCCUGGACAACCACAGAUAGAGGAGCUUGAAUUGAACUGGGUACGCUUAUACUGGACAGAAGGUGGAUCACCAGAUAAUCCUCCAGCUUCAUAUAUUGUUGAAUAUCGGGAAAUAGGUGAUCCAUUAUGGUAUACCGCGACACCGGCUGUCUGUAUCACAUCCUAUACUGUGGAAUGUCUCCGUCCAAAUUCCACUUAUGAAUUCCGCAUAAUUGCGCGUGCUCAUGAUGGUAGUGUAUCAGCACCUUCAGCAGUUUCUGAUGUUGUACAAUUGCGACCGUCCAUCAAGCCUGGAAUCUUGCAUGGAGUUCCAGCAAAACCGCAGCCACCAGAAUAUGUAGACUUCGGUAGCGGCGAUCGUGUAACACUCUGCUGGUUUCCGGCUGCUAGUUCUUUGCCGGUACAGGGCUAUGAUGUUGAAUUCCGAGACCAUCAACAAGAUGCUGCUUGGUACAAGGUUAAUGAAAUGCUUAUUCGCUCCUGCAAAAUGACAGUUGGCGAUCUUAUACCCGGUCAUGAAUACCAGUUCCGCGUUAUAGCAUGUAAUUCUGUUGGUUGCUCAGUACCUUCAGAUCCUUCGCCAGCAGUACACAUAGGAAUAUCUUACAAUGGAAAUGAUUGUUACGUGGAAGCAGCAAGUUAUGGCUCUAUCCCAUUACUUCAGGAUGAAAUUGUACACGAAUCUCCACCUUUGCCUGAUCGUGACGAUUCUCCACCACCGAUACGCAGGAAAUUUCUUCGUGAAAGAGACGGUUUGCACUGGAGAGAUCCAACGCUGAGAGAGGUCAUUGAAUAUUUGGAUAGUGCAAAUGAGGUUGAACAACUCAAUGCAUCAGGUUACUUGCAGCAUUUGACCUAUAAUGAUAAUGCUAUCAAAGAGGAGACGAGAGAACUGGAUGGAAUUCCUAAACUUGUUCGUCUACUUGGUAGCGAUGUACCUGAUAUACAAAAAAAUGUUUGCGGUUGUUUGAAGAAUCUAUCGUUCGGAAAAGAAAAUGAUGAAAAUAAGCGUGCUAUUAAUGGCGCAGGUGGAAUCGUUGCUUUAGCAGCUCUCUUGAGGCAAACUCGUGAUGUGCAAGUGAUGGAAGAAGUCACUGCUACGCUGUGGAAUCUCUCAAGCUGCGAUGAUUUAAAACCAACAAUACUUAAUCAAGUUUCGGAGCCAAUAAAUCAGCGUAUUGUUAUACCUGGUUCUGGUUUAACUGGGAGUAAUGCGGAAAGUGGACGUAAUAUGUCACACAGCAUCAACAUGUUCAAAAACGGAACUGGUGUUUUAAGGAAUGUUUCGGCUGCUUCCUCAAAUGCCCGAAAAAUACUUCGUAGAUGUCCCGGUUUGAUCGAAAGCUUUGUACACUAUUUGCAUCAUGCAGUUUUGAGAAAUCAGAUUGAUACACGUACUGUCGAGAAUGUUGUGUGCACUUUACGCAAUCUUAGUUACCGAAUCCAAGAAGUGAAGGACGAAAAUUACGAUCCUAAAGCUGAUUUUGAAACUAUGCAGAGGGAGCGCAGUAAAUCGGCUCCUUCAGAAAGUCCCAAAAACAGAAAGAAAGAGUCUAGUAAAAAGAAGAAAAUUGGACAAAGUACUGCAAUGAAUGGAUCAGAAAGUGUGGCGGGAGUGGAGUUGUUAUGGCAACCGCAGCUCGUGAAACUAUAUUUGAAGUUGUUGCAGGAAACGUCGAACCCUGAAAUUCUGGAGGCAUCUGCUGGUGCAAUACAGAACCUUGCUGCGUGCCACUUCGAACCAUCGAUUAAUGUUAGGGCCUGUAUUCGUACAGAAAAAGGUUUGCCUGUGCUUGUGGAACUAUUGAGACUGAAUGACGACAAAGUUGUUUGCGCUGUAACAACAGCUCUACGUAAUCUAUCGCUUGAUCAGCGAAAUCGCGAACUGAUCGGCAAAUAUGCGAUGAAAGAUCUAGUGGCAAAGUUACCUCGAGCUGACCAACAAUUUCGAGAUCCAAAUGUGAGCGAUGCAACAAUUGGUGCAAUUUUGGGCAUAUUAUUUGAAACUGUCAAGCAUUCUGCAGACUUUACAAGAAAUAUCCAUGAAUGCGGAGGAACCGACCGACUGCGAAAUUUAGCUAGUUCACAUCCUAUAUAUAGCACCCGUAUUUGCAAAUACGCAUCACAGGUUCUUUACUUGAUGUGGCAGCACAGAGAACUUCAUGAUGGCUUCAGACGGAGCGGUUUGAAAGAAUCAGACUUCUAUUCUGGAACAACAAUCCGUGCCCGUGAUGCAACAACACUCUCUCGACCGAUAUCAUCACAAGGCGCUGAGCGGCCAACACAUUUAAAAAAUGAAAAUCUUGAUGACAGUGCGAGCACAUACGGUGCCGGAAGAUACGAUACAUUGGAUAGUAGGGCCAGUGCACCAGAAGAUUGUGCAUAUGACAAGACUUCUCCUGAGAGUAAUCCACAAAAUCUUUCUCUACAAACUCGCAAUAGUGGAAUGCACUCGUUUAGAUCUCAUAACCAGGCUGGUGAACCACUGUACGCUUCGGUGCAUAAGCGCAGUGAACGUCGUAGCCCAACGGGUGGUGAUAGCUGGGUAUGAACUGCAGAUGUGAACGAAAUUCGUAUACGUCAUCAUUACUCAGCGUUGAAAAGAAUAAGCUUGCAUAAAAUUAAGAACUGAUUAUGUUAAAGUAAUAUUCAAAUGACGACGCAUUUCACACAGCGUAUGCCAUAGGUGUUAUCCACCGGUUACUUUUAUCGCCGUCAAUAACUGUUUUCUAUUUUAUUCGUCUUCGUCAAUUAAAAGUGC